AUGUCCCAGGUCCACUACAAGUUCAAGUCCUCCAAGGACUACGACUCGGCAACAUUCGAUGGUCAUUCAAUUUCAGUCUUUGAUUUGAAAAAGGAGAUUCUGAUUGCAAAGGGCCUCAAGGGGCCGGACGACUUGCAGCUCACUCAUGCAGAAUCAGGAGAGGAAUACUAUGACGAUGCGACAUUGAUCCCAAGGAAUACUUCCAUCUUAGUCGCCCGCGUGCCUGCCAAGCCGGGCAGGGGGGGUCCCAGUGCAGGGCCGUAUCAGAGGCAGCCGAUGGAGCAACAGCAACGUCCACCUCCCAACACAUAUGUGUGCUAUAGAUGUGGCAAGAAAGGCGAGCAUUGGAUUCAAUUUUGCCCCACUAACAACGACAAGUCCUUUGAACCCAUUGGUAUCAAAAAGACGACAGGAAUCCCACGUUCGUUUUUGAAAACUGUGGAGAGUGACAGUCUGCAGAGCAAGAAGGGCGUCAUGGUCACGCAAGAUGGAAACCUUGUUGUUGCCACCACGAACGACUAUGAAUGGAAGAAAUUUCACGAGAAAUCAAAAGCAGCGCUGACAUCGGAGGAGGCAUAUGCGACAGCGCCCGUGCCAGAUGAUAUGAAGUGCUCGAUCUGCAGCAUGCUGUUGAAGAGCGCUGUUCGUGCCCCAUGUUGCGGAACCAACUUUUGCGACGAAUGUAAGUUGCAUAGGGGCAUGUAG